UUGACCUUCGUAUUAAACACAACCUUGGGUUGCACGGGCGGUCUUCCGUGUUUCCUGCGCCGCUUACAGCCGGUGGUUCGGUUUCCUCGAGAGUAGUAUUUAAUAUGCGACCAAUUUCAUGAUAUCGGUGUUUAGUGUAAAUAUUGGCAUCCGCACUUUAAGAAGCAUAGUGUUUCCGUAGGAGCACCAUGUCGGCGGAGGUCGCGGAGGAGGGCGGCGGCGGUGGUGGUGGUGAGGUGCUGGAUGUUCCACCGCACUACUAUCCCGGCGCUUGCUUCGUCUGCAAGGCCACGCCGCCGCCCGGCGGCAGCCUCAGCCGCUGUGCCAACUGCCGCAUGAUCAAGUACUGCAGCAAGGAGCACCAGAAGCUCGACUGGCCUCUCCACAAGACCAUCUGCAAAAAGUUGCGCAACGACGACGGCAGCUCGGUGCUGGCGGACGGCGCCGGCAUCGUGGACGGGCAGGAGUGGCUGCGUCACCGCGCCAGCCAGACGCUGGCGCUGCGCCUCAUGCUGGGCCGCGAGCUGCGCCAGCACGAGAAGGAGAUGCUGUUCUUCCCGCCGGUAUGCGAGUGCUGCCACCGCUUCCGGCCGGCCGAGCAGAUCGAGUGCCGGCGCUGCCACUCGGCCAUCUAUUGUGGCGCCGAGCACGCGGCGCAGGACGCGACGCGACACGGCCGCUGGUGCGAGUCGCUGCGGCUGGCGCUCGCCUGCGACCGCUACGAGGCGCGCCUAGGCCUGGCCGACCCGCCCAUCCUGCCGGACGUCGACGAGCAGUACGCCCCGCUGCCGGCCGACAUCGUCACCAUGCUCAGCUCGCAGAUACUGGCGGAGCGCGAGGCGGUGCCCGACGGCGCCUACGUCGACCCGGUGCUGAUCGCGUUCCUGACCGAGCGGCUCAGCUUCCCGCUGACGGAGCUGGAGCGGCUCACCGUGCACGUGGUCGGCGCCCAGAUGCUGGUCGAGUGUCUCGGCAUCAUCAAGUGGGAGUACCUGGUGCACCGACUGCCGGCGCUGAGGGCCAUCCGUCUGGUGUUCGUCGGUCCGGAGCUGUUCCGCGGCUGCGGUCGCGACAUGGCCGGCGCCGUCGAGGACUCGGGCGCCACGCGCUGCGAGGAUUGCACGCGCCGCCAGCGCGACGUGGUGCACGAGAUGCGACCGACCACCUACCACGCCUACUGCCGCGGACCGCACUGGACGCGACCCGACGUCGUCGUCUGCUUCAACUCGGGCAUCCACGAGUUUGCCGAGCGCGAGGAGGACACGUGGCGCGAGUCGCUGCCGUUCCUCGUGCGCCACGACGACGUGCCUCUGAUCCUGACGGCGUACACGCGUACAGAGCUGGACCGGGACCUGGCGCUCGAGCCGGCCAAGAACCCGUACGGCAGCACGAAGCCGGUGCGCGACAUGUGUCGGGAGGAUGACUGCGACGUGUUCUUCCUGAACCAGUUCCUGGCAGUGGUGCAGGGCAGCGGCGGCGGCGACGCCUCGCCCUGGAUGAGCACGGUGGCCGAGGUGGUGGUAGCACGCCACUGCGGCAUGCGCGUGUUCGCCUUCAGCCUCAUCACCAACGAGUGCAUCAUGGAGUGGGACACGGACGCCGAGGCCAACCACGAGGAGGUCAUCAACGCCGCCAACGCGCGCAAGCACCACCUGCAGGAGCUGGUGGCCAAGAUGGCGGUGCGCAUGGCGGGCCAGCCUUGA